AUGGCAGCCUCGUGGCCCACAAGUCAAGGUCACCCCCUCUUUCUCUACCUCACAUCCCUUUUUCUUACCCCCACUCUCUCCCGUCCCCCACCUACCUCCUCCUCCCCCCACUUCCAGUGUGCCCUGCUCGCAGGCCAAGUUCAGCCCAAAUGGCAGCCUCGUGGCCCACAAGUCAAGCGUGCCCAUCUCUGCUCGCAAGCCAAGUUCAGCCUCGUGGCUCACAGGCCAAGGUCGUUCCCUCCCCCCCCCACCUCCUUCUCUUACCCCCACUUCCCCCUAUCCUCCCCCGCCUUUCCCCCACGCCUCCUUCCCCCUUCCCCUCUUCCCAGCCUGCCCUGCUCGCAGGCCAAGUUCAGCCCCGAUGGGACCCUCGUGGCUAACAGGCCAAACUCACCCCCCGCUUCCCCCACUCCUUUCACUUACCCCCGCUCUCACCCCCCCUUCCCUUCCCCUUCAACUCCUUCACCUUUCUCAGCCUGCCCUGCUCGCAGGCCAAGUUCAGCCCGGAUGGGACCCUCGUGGCUGUCGCACAUGCUUGGGGACGAAUGCCAUCUGCCCUGCUCGCAGGCCAAGUUCAGCCCGGAUGGGACCCUCGUGGCCGUCGCAGCAGCGGGCGGCGGCGUUCGUCUCAUUCACGUGCCGUCCGGCGAGCAGCGGCUGCACAUGCCUCUGGAGGGCGUGCAGGCGCUCGCCUUCUCACCCAAGGGCUCGUACCUGCAGGUGUUUCAAAGGCCCUCAGCACCAGCAGGAGGGGGCCAGGCAGAGCCCAAUCUGACGGUGCGGCGGGUGAGCGACGGGGAGGUGGUGUGGCGGCAGAUGCAGAAGACUUUCAACUCUGCCGCAUGGCCCAGCAUGCAGUUCAGCGCAGAUGAGUCCGUGGCUUGCCGCCCGGUGAACGGCGAGGUGCAACUGUUCACCGGAGCUGACCUGGCGGCCGGCGUGGCCGCCCGGCUCAAGGUGCCCGGGAUGACGUCAGCACAGCUGGCGCCAUCUCCCCCAUCCCACAUCGCUGUGUUUGCUCCCGAGGCCAAGGGAGCCCCAGCCAGUGUGCGCAUCUUCACGCGUGACAGCGCCGCUCCUUCCUCCUCCUCCUCCGCCGCCUCCGCCCCACCCGCCCCCAUAGCGAGACGCAGCUUCUUCAAGUGCAGUGCAGUGCGGCUGGUGUGGAACGUGGGGACCACUGCUGUGCUGGUAUGGACGCACUCUGACGUGGACAAGACCAAUCAGAGCUACUAUGGCGAGUCGGGGCUGCAUUUUUUGGCGGCUGAUGGGAGCUUCGAGGGUGCCGUGCCUCUAUCAAAGGAGGGGCCGAUUCACGAUGUGCAGUGGUCGCCCAAUGGGAAGGACUUUGUGGUGGUGCAUGGAUUCAUGCCAGCCAAGGCCACACUUUUCGACAGUCGCUGCAAGCCGCUCUUUGACUUUGGCUCUGGCCCGCGCAACCUGGUGCGCUGGAGCCCGCACAGCCGAUGCGAGUAUGUGGCAGGGUGUGUGAUUGAACAGAGAGUAGGUGGAAGGGGGGAGUUGGAUUCAGGAAUCCUGUGGGGGGAGCAUGUGACUGCUGUGACUCCCCUCACGUCCUGCUUUGACUUCAAAUCUGGUCUGCGCAGACCAGAUUCGCUGGAGCUCCCACGGUGGAUGUGA